UGCAAUCUCCGUCCUGUCCACCUCUUCCCUUUGCAUUCCUCCUCUUUGCAACUCUGCCUUUGCAUGCCUCCCCUUUCUAUCCCUCCCUUUUCACCUCCCCCUUUGCACCUCUCUCACUUACAGCCCUCCCCUUUGCCUCUCUGCCCCCUUCGCAUCUCUCUGCCUUUUCCCAUCCCUCCCCUUCGCAUCUCUGCUCCUCGCAUCUCUGCCCCCGUACACCUCCUGGCCCUCGCCCCUUCCCACUCCUGCCUGUCCGGAUCUCAGCCCUCUGUGCUCUGCCCCUGGCACCCUCCACUCCUCCCUCCCGGCCCUUUGCACCCCCACCCCUCCGCAUCUCCGCCUCUCUGCCUCCCUGCGCUCUCGCCCAGCCCCGGUCACCCGCAGCCUCCGGGGCAGCCCGCAGCGCCUCCGGGCCCUCUGUGCCCCGCUCCAAGCCCCCUGAGCCCCGGCCCUCCCCUGCCCGCCCGGCCCGGAGCCGCCCGCGAUGCCGCCUCUGCCGGUGCCGGUGCCGGUGCCGGUGCCGGUGCUGGUGCUGGGGCUGGUGCUGGUGCUGGGGGGCCGGGCGGGCGCGGGGGGCGGCUGCCAGCUGCCGGCGGAGUGGCGGCCGCUCAGCGAGGGCUGCCGGGCCGAGCUGGCCGCGAUCAUCGUGUACGCGCGGGUGCUGGCCCUGCACCCCGACCCUUACGGCGCCUACAACUACCUGCCCUGGCAGAGGGGCCCCUCCGGCGGCCCCCAGCAGGGAGCGGGGGACCUCUUUUACUCGGCCGAGAUCGAGCUGCUGUGCGACCAGGCGUGGGGCAGCAUGCUGGAGGUGCCCGCCGGCUCCCGCCUCAACCUCACCGGCCUCGGCUACUUCUCCUGCCACUCGCACACCGUCAUGCAGGGCUACGCUUAUUUCUUCUUCCUCCGAAUGGAUGAGAACUACAUCCUCCUGCCACAUGGAGUCAACUUCCAGGAGGCGAUUUUCCCCGACACCCAGGAGAACAGAAGAAUGUUUGCCAGCCUUUUCCAGUUUUCAAACUGCUCACAGGCACAGCACGUGUUGAGCUUCUCCAGUGACUGGGAGAUUCAAGAGGACAACCGGCUGAUGUGCUCCUCGGUGCAGAAGGCCCUGUUUGAGGAGGAGGACAGGGUGAAGAAGCUGCAGCAGAAAGUGGCCACGCUGGAGAAGCGCAACAAGCAGCUGCGGGACCGAGUGAAGAAAGUCAAGAGGUCUCUCCGGCAAGCCAGGAAAAACUCCAGGCACAUGGAGCUGGUGAACAGAAAGCUCAGUGAGAAACUUUCCUCUGCAGGUGGUCAAAUCCCCUAUAUUAACUCUUUGAAGCAGGAGAACUCCCACGGUACCUACCUGAAAGUAUAAUGCAAGGGUAAGUGCUCAGGCCAGUGAGUUUCGUCUGCACUGGAUCAGGGUCUGGCCCUCACACCUUGUCUAUGCUGUGCUUCAAACCUUGCAUGGAAAAUGAAUCUGAACUUGCUUUAGACACAGUGCCAGAUUAGACAGGAAUGCCAGCUGGAUUUGGCACAGCCCAAAGUCAUGUCCUGCUGUUCUCAGUGGACAGAAGGCCUGACAGUCAUCUGUGCUUCUCCUCCCUCACCCAGCUCCACCUCCAGCUUUAGGCUGUCUUUGAUGGAAGUGCCAGCCCAGACCUCUGGGCCAUUGCAGGCACUUGACACAGGAGCUCUUCCUGCCAGUUUACCUCCUCCUCAUGGGCUGGGCAAGCAAGGCUUGGGAUCUAGGGAUGGAUGUGGUGGGAAGGAUGAAGGCAUGGAUGCUCCAAGCUCCCUUAUCACCCCCAGGCUCUCAGCCUUGCUUGAGCUUGACUGAAGUCACAUCCAGUGCCUGGGCAUAGGCUUUGUCCCAGACUCAGGCAGUUUGUGCUUCUCUCCAGCAUGAAGUAUAGAUGUGCCCAUAUUGUCUUAAGACUGUCCCUAUAUAUCUUUAAGUAUUCUAAAUUGAAUAUAUAACAACUUUUAUUUUUCCAAUAAGUGCCUCAAGGCUCUCAGUAACUCCCUCAGGUGCCUUUAUCACUGGUCAGCCAACUGGGUUGGAAACCACAUCAUUUUGGGACUGUGUCUAAUCCCAAAUCCUGCAGUCAGGAGUGGACUUAGCCUAUGAGUGGGUGUUGGAUCAGGCCCAGCAGGCAAUUUCAGAUCCCAUUCUCAAGCAGGUUGAAGUUACAGUGUGGACAAAACUUCAAGUUUUGUAGUCACUGAGGUAUAAUGGAGGUUGCUGGGCAGCCUCACUUAGUUACAUUUAAAACCUGUAGAGACCACAUCAAUAUCAACAGGGCAUUAAAAAUUUAGGUAGUUUAUAUAUGUAUAUAUUUUAAAAUCCUAUAGAAAAUAUUUUUAUUACACAUUUGAUAUCGUCUAAUUUCUUAAAAUAUGAAGUAAAACCUGUUUCUUGGUUAUCUCAUAAAAAAGAAAAGUCCAUCAUAUCCUUUAUUAGGUAUUUAGAAACUGACUUCUGCUCAAGCAGUGUGGGUUUAGGCCUCAGUAUCCAUGGCUGAUAGUGUUAAUGAUUGAAACUAUCCCUGCACUUGGAAAAGCCCAUAUCAGCUUUCAAAUGUGAGCUUCAGUCCAAGCAGAACACAGAAGCUGACUCUCAUUACCUUCCAGUUUUGCUCCUUUUGGAAAUACUUUUUCUUUCCCUCUUGAAAUAAUAUUGGCAUUUUUUAAGAUUCUGACUCCUCCUCAAGCUCCACUGGUUUCAAAGGCUCCACCUUCCACAUCACCACAAUUUGAAUUGUUUUCUGCUGGAGUCAGCAAUGCUGUUUCCUGAGAAUAACUACAGAACUUAGACUUCCCUAGAAGCCAUCAAGAGAUUUUAACUCCAAAAUUUAAAUCCAUAGAAAAGUAACUACUUUUUAUUGUUUUGUUUUCUGGCUUCUAAACUACUGUUUAAAUAAAUGAACUGGUUUUCCUGGCAUAGGUAUGAAAAGCUUGUGUUUUCAUUUUUUAAGAAAAGUAUUCCCUCUGGUAUUCAUUCAUGUUUUAUAAGUGUUUGUAUAAAGCUGAGAAAGUAUAAUUAAUAUAGUUACACCUUUGCUAUUCUUACAGAUUUUCCAAACACAUGUUGAAUAUCUUUUUCUUUUGGCUGGUAUUUUUGUUGCUUGAUGAAAAGAUUGGAUUUUUUUCUUCCUGUUUCUCCCUUUGUCUUCCUUAAAAAAAAAAAAGAAAGAAAGAAAGAAGUAAAACAUUUUGUUCUCCUUGUAAGUUUUGUGAGAAUUUUGUUUAUUCUGCAAAGAAAGCGAAAAGAACCUCCCAAAAUGCAAAGUCCAAAUACAACCCAAAAUGCUCUCACUGGCUACAAAACCCAAAAA